AUGCCGCCUCACACUACGGCUCAGAAACAGGCGAUCGCCCAGUUUGUCACUCUAACAAAUACUAGGGAUACCGUUGCCUCCAAGGCGUUGAGGGCAGCAGGAUGGAAUGUCGAGCGGGCAGUUGAUGCAUACUUCGGGGGUAACCAAGGCCCUUCCAAGAACACCAAGGUUCUUAAUGAAAUUUUUGAUUCCUAUCGAGGUAAGCGACGUUCCUCCCGGAAGAGAUCACGAAAAAAAGCCAACCAAGCGGUACUAGAUGACCCGGCGGAUAACCCAGAUGGCAUCGGCAUCAAUGGCGCCAUGAAGUUUCUCGAGGAUAUUGGUGUGCAGCUGGACGAGGUAGCCUGUCUAGCAAUCUUCGAGAUGUGCAAGUCCCCAUCAAUGGGUGAGUUUACGCGUGAAGGGUUCGUGGAGGGUUGGAAAUCGACACAAUGCGAUUCAAAGGAGAAUAUGGCCCAAUACGGCAAGAACCUCCGCAGCAACAUUCCCAAGGAUGCAGAUCUCUUUCGGCGGGUCUACCGCUUCACAUUCCUACUCUCUCGAUUGCAAGGUCAGCGCAACCUGCAAUUCGAUAUUGCCGAAGAGCAAUGGAAGCUGCUCUUCACCGCAGACCGUGGUGGCGUACCCUGGAAUACGAGCGAGACGCCGUGGUUAGAUUGGUGGAUUGAGUUCCUCGUGGAGCGGGGAAAGAAGCCUGUAAACAAAGACCUGUGGGAGCAGGUGGAGGUUUUCAUGCGCAAGUCUCGGGAUGAUGAGGAGUUUGGAUGGUGGAGCGCCGAUGGAGCCUGGCCGGGAGCUCUGGAUGACUUUGUGGCAUAUGUGCAAGGCAAAAGGGGCAAGAGCUCCGAGAUGGAGGUGGAGUGA